AGUCCUACCUUCAAGGAGUCGCCAGAUGGUCUGACGAUGACCGCGACGUUCGAGAUCCCAGGGGUGCAGAAACAGGACAUGCAUGUCAGCUUUCGGUCUAGACAUAUCAUCGUCACCUGGAGAAUGAGGAAUGUCAGAGAGAGCAUGGAAGACGGCGUCCUUGUGCGCGACAGACAAGAAAUAAAGCACACACAAUUCAUCCCCUUGCCAGAAGGGACCAAAUUCGAGGAUGUCAGCGCCUCUCAGGAUGGCCGACGGCUCGUCUUGACGUAUCCCAAUUCGCGCUAUCUACCUGUGUCUCCCCGUUCUCCUCGAACUGCGCUUUCGGGGGCGACAGAAUUCCACACAUGCUCACCGAUUGAAGUAGAACUUGAACAGGAGUCAUAG